ACACACUCUGUGUGCCUGCGCUGGUGGCGCUGGUGGCGCUGCUCGUCGGGGUGACGACGGUGGCGUGCUUGGUGGCGCUGGUGGUGAAUUGCACACGCGAGCCUCCUGACAACAGCUCCCCAGGUACCUCCACACGCUUGGUUGAAAUUCCGCUUGGCCUCCUAUUACGGGGACCACAUGGUCCUGCAGAGGGGACCACGCGGCGCCUUCGUGUGGGGGUUCGGGAAAGCGGGAGCCAAGGUGGUCGUGAGACUCUACAACGCGGAUGAGGACUUGCUGCAGGAGCACGGGAGCAACGUGUCGGCAGAGUCAACCAGGUGGUCCGUGACCCUAGACCCCAUGGAUGCUGGGGGGCCGUUCUCUCUCAAUGCCACCCAGUGGAGCCCUGUCAGGAACGGCACUGGGGGGGAAGUGGCAGAGUUAGUGAUCAGCGACGUCUGGUUCGGAGAAGUGUGGCUUUGCGGUGGGCAAAGCAACAUGCAGAUGACUGUAAAGCAGGUCGUGAAUGCAAGUUGGGAGCUGGCUCAAGCCGCCGACUUUUCUCUCGUCCGCCUGUUCGCAGUCUCCCUGAACGGGUCGCUGCAGCCCCUCGCCGACUUCACGUCGGUCGCACUCCCCUGGAGUCUCCCCACAGCUGACCGUCUGGGCAUGGGAGAAUACACCGUCUUCUCAGCCGUCUGUUGGUUCUUUGGUAGGAACCUACACCUGACUCUGAGGGUCCCCGUGGGAUUGGUGCAGUCCUGCUGGGGUGGCACCUUCAUCGAAUCCUGGUCCUCACCCCGAGCCCUCGCACACUGCGGAAUCAACGCACAGCCUCAAAGCAAUGAUCGACUGGAACCAACAGUGCUGUGGAACGCAAUGAUUAACCCUCUGCUCAAUAUGAGCCUCAAAGGGGUCAUCUGGUACCAAGGUGAAAGAAACACUGGGCACAACACUGACCUCUACAACUGCAGCUUCCCGGCCAUGAUUAACGACUGGCGUCAGGGAUUCUCCAUAGCCACCAAUGGCAACACAGACCCGCUUCUGCCAUUUGGAUUUGCGCAGAUCUCCACCAGUGACCCAGGUGACAACACGGACUCGUAUCCACGCAUUCGCUGGCACCAGUCUGCAGACUACGGUUUCUCCCCCAACUCGCGAAUGCCCAAAACCUUCAUGGCCGUGACCAUCGACUUGUGUGACCGCAACUCCAACUACGGGUGGAUCCACCCGCGCUACAAGAAGGAGGUUGCCUCCCGUCUGCUGCUGGGUGCGAUGGCCGUUGCCUACAAUGACAGUUCCUCCAUAUUCCAGGGGCCCUUCCCAGAAUUGGCCACUGUGAACCUCACAACCCAGAUGCUCGUCAUCAGAUAUGGACAGACGCUGAGCCACCGCAAUGACGGACGGGGCGAAUUUCAGAUCUGCUGUUCCCAAGUCCUCGGUCAGUGUCUCGACCCAGAUUGGCACCAAGCCCCAAUCGUCUCUGUACAAGCCCAGAGUGUCUUCCUCAACAUCUCCACCUGCAUCAACACCAGCAGGGCCGUGACGUCCGUCCGUUACGCUUGGUCCAACUGGCCGUGCGAACUCCAUGCUUGUGCUCUCUAUGGAGUGGGGCCCACCGCACUACCAGCACCCCCCUUCAUAAAGGCCGUGCCGUCGGAGGGGGUUUACAUCGGCAGUCCCGCGGGGGUUCCUAACGGCCGUGUUGAUGGGGCCCAUAAUGGCCGUGUUGGGGGGCUGAUAAUGGCCGCGUUGGUGGGGUUCACAAUGGUCAUGUCGGUGGGUUUAUGCCAUGGCCUCUAAGCUGUCCCUCCUCCGGUGGAGUUUGCGGGACCUUGGCUUGGGUCACCACCUUUCUCAGAGACCAAGACUGUAAUAUAUAUUGCGAGGUCAACACUACAGAGUAUAACCACAAUUAAAUUCCACAUAAUCCCUGGACCAAAUGUCAGUAUAAAUCAAUUCUUGUCACGCGAACACAGAUGCCAAUAUCCAGACAUGUGGAAACUCUGUUAGGUGCAUGAGUGGGCAAGCAGUUUGUGGUGUACUGAUUUGCUAAAUACAGUGAGGGAAAAAAGUAUUUGAUCCCCUGCUGAUUUUGUACGUUUGGCCACUGACAAAGAAAUGAUCAGUCUGUAAUUUUAAUGGUAGGUUUAUUUUAACAGUGAGAGACAGAAUAACAACAACAAAAAUCCAGAAAAACGCAUGUCAAAAAUGUUAUAAAUUGAUUUGCAUUUUAAUGAGGGAAAUAAGUAUUUGACCCCUCUGUAAAACAUGACUUAGUACUUGGUGGCAAAACCCUUGUUGGCAAUCACAGAGGUCAGACGUUUCUUGUAGUUGGCCACCAACCUAAAGAUGAUCCAAAUAACUACCGACCUAUCUCAAUUUUGUCCCCGUUGAUGAAAAUUUGUGAAAAAUUAUUGAACUACCAAAUUAGCAGUUUCCUGUCCGACAACAAUCUAUUACAUCGAAAACAAUCUGGGUUCCGAAAAAAAAACAGCACCACAUCUGCUGCAUUAGACUCUCUGAAUCACAUUUACAGUAGCCUUGAUAAUAAGCAGUACUGCGCCUGUCUUUUUCUUGACUUGUCCAAAGCCUUUGAUACAGUCGACCACAACACCCUGCUUAGUAAACUAAGUUGCCUCGGUUUCUCCAAACGCAGUGGAAUGGUUAAAAAAUUACCUCUUUUUUUGCACCCAAACUAUAUUCAUAGAUAGUUGGAGGUCAAACAGUGUUAAUAUAACGAAAAGGGUUCCAUCCUCGGCCCCCUCUUGUUCUCUCUUUAUGUCCAUGAAUUGGGCACUGACCUGGAUCAUUCCAGGGUAAAUCUUUUUGCAGAUGACACGAUACUGAUUACUGCUGGCCGCUCUCCGGAUGACGUGAUUGCUAAGCUCCAGGGUGAUUUCAACACACUACAACAUCAGCUAGUUGCUCUUAAACUAGUCCUGAAUACCUCCAAAACCAAGGUGCUAUGCUUCUCACCAGGACUAAAGCAGUAAGUUAUUUUUCCCCAAUUACAUUCCUUAAAUAAUUAUCAAAUAGAGCAAGUCAAGAUCUAUAAGUAUAUUGGGGGCAUUCUUGAUUCAAGGCUGAAUUUUGAAGAUCACAUUGAUUAUAUUGGUAAAAAGACAAAAAUAAAAAUUGGUUUUCUGUAUCGACACUAGCACUGCUUCCCCCCUAUGUUCCGUUUGGAAUUGAUAAAAGCUACCAUACUGCCUCUACUUGAUUACUGUGACAUCGUGUAUAAAUCAGCCCCAGGUACUGUACUGAAGAAGCUUGACUCAAUGUAUCACUCGGCCUUAAGAUUUGCAUUGAACUGCCCAUAUAGGACUCACCACUGCGAUCUCUACAUUGGGUCAAACUUAACAUCUCUCAAUGUUCGACGGCUUGUGCAUCAGAUCUUAUUUAUUCAUGAUGUACUUACAAAAAAAUCCGCAGAUUACCUGCUGGAUCUCCUCUCUGUUUCAAAGAACAAAUUUGACCUAAGGUCUUCGCUCAUUUACCAGCUUCACAUUCCCUAUUGCCAAACAAAUACUGGAGGAAGGGCCUUUGCUAUUGAUGCCCCCAGGGUCUGGAAUGCUAUUGCCAAUAAACUGCAACUUGAAUCACUACCUAUGAGAUCUUCACUCAAAACUGCUCUAGAGGACUUGUACACCCCUAGCUGCCACUGCAAUUUAGUGGCCUAAAAUACAAUGUUUCACUCCGGAUGAUCGCUGCAAAGUAUGCUCUGUGUUUUGAUUUAGUGUGCUGAUCUUAAAGGUGCAUUGAAAAAUGUUGACACUCCGACUGAUGCUCCUGCUGUUGUGGAGUGACUCAUGCAGCCAGCUAUGGCUGCAGAGUUUGGUAGUACAUGUUGUUUACAUCGUUUAUUGUGAAAAUUCGGUCACAGUUCCUAUGAUCACUGUUUCAUUGCUUUUAUGGCUUCAUUUUGGUGAUUUCGAAAAGUUUUUCGGUUUGGCCAUGUUUGUUUGUUGUAGUACAGAGUUAGACUGAUGGCCUUAAUCUAAGUUGUCUUGUGGUUGUUGCUGUUUGACUUGCAUCCCACUGGGAUUUUUGCACAGUGUUGGUGUACGGUGCUUUUUCUGCAAUAUUUUGCUGUCUUUUCUUGAAUUUCUGUUUGCACAUAGUCCCUUUAAGAUGUUUUCCUGUUCAUGUUUUUGUUUUUUGUUUGUUGCGGUUGCACCCGAUUCAAGAGCCGAAUGGCUCACAGGGCUAUACCUAGUAAAUGAAACUUGAAAACUUGAAACCAGGUUUGCACACAUCUCAGGAGGGGUUUUGUCCCACUCCUCUUUGCAGAUCUUCUCCAAGUCAUUAAGGUUUCGAGGUUGACGUUUGGCAACUCGAACCUUGAGCUCCCUCCACAGAUUUUCUAUGGGAUUAAGGUCUGGAGACUGGCUAGACCACUCCAGGACCUUAAUGUGCUUCUUCUUGAGCCACUCCUUUGUUGCCUUGGCCGUUUGUUUUGGGUCAUUGUCAUGCUGGAAUACCCAUCCACAACCCAUUUUCAAUGCCCUGGCUGAGGGAAGGAGGUUCUCACCCAAGAUUUUACUGUACAUGGCCCCGUCCAUCGUCCAUUUGAUGCGGUGAAGUUGUCCUGUCCCCUUAGCAGAAAAACACCCCCAAAGCAUAAUGUUUCCACCUCCAUGUUUGACGGUGGGGAUGGUGUUCUUGGGUUCAUAGGCAGCAUUCCUCCUCUUCCAAACAUGGCGAGUUGUUUAUGCCAAAGAGCUCCAUUUUGGUCUCAUCUGACCAAAACACUUUCACCCAAUUGUCCUCUGAAUCAUUCAGAUGUUCAUUGGCAAACUUCAGACGGGCAUGUAUAUGUGCUUUCUUGAGCAGGGGGACCUUCCGGGCGCUGCAGGAUUUCAGUCCUUCACGGCGUAGUGUGUUACCAACUGUUUUCUUGGUGACUAUGGUCCCAACUGCCUUGAGAUCAUUGACAAGAUCCUCCCGUGUAGUUCUGGGCUGAUUCCUCACCGUUCUCAUGGUCAUUGCAACUCCACGAGGUGAGAUCUUGCAUGGAGCCCCAGGCCGAGGGAGAUUGACAGUUCUUUUGUGUUUCUUCCAUUUGCGAAUAAUCACACCAACUGUUGUCACCUUAUCACCAAGCUGCUUGGCGAUGGUCUUGUAGCCCAUUCCAGCCUUGUGUAGGUCUACAAUCUUGUCCCUGACAUCCUUGGAGAGCUCUUUGGUCUUGGCCAUUGUGGAGAGUUUGGAAUCUCAUUGAUUGAUUGCUUCUGUGAA